AUGGACACUAUUGAGAUUGAAAAUGUGGCCCCAGAGCUGGUGGAAUACAAGGAAUCGGAUUACACAUUGCAGGUUAUUCCGGGAUUUUUCCAGAACCAAGAGGUAUACAUAAGGGACCCAUUGCUUAUGAUCCACAACAGAGCUCAAUUGAAUUACCUAGAACUCUCUAAAAAUAAGACGAUGAAUGUGAAGACAAGAGUGCAAUGGAAGAAAAAAAUACAAGAAAUGGCUAAGGAUUUUUAUCAGAUUAACCAACGUUUGUUACCAAAUACAGCAAAGAAACCAUCGCUUUCAGCUGUUGCUAAUUACUUUAAUAUGUCAAGAAGAACGUUGAAUCGUCACGUCAAGACAGUUUUGCCUUUGGUGACUCCCCCAAAGAAUGGGGGCAUGUCCCUUGAUGGUGAUGCACUGACUAUUUCUGAAAAUAGCUUGCUUGUCAUUCCAGGGCAUUUUCGUAAUCAACCAGUUUAUAUACCUGAUCCAAAAAUGGUUUAUGACGAGGUAUCAUUAAAUUAUUCUGAAGUUAAUAAGGACAAGAGUCUUUUAUCCAGUGAACAAUUAGAAUUAAAGAAAAACAUAAUAGAAAUGGCAACCACAUUCUGGAAGGUUAACCAAGAUCUUCUGCCGACGAACUCAAAGAAGCCUACAAUAUCAGCAGUGGCGAAAUACUUUCAUAUCCCCAGACAAACAUUCGAUGAUCAUAUAAAAGGAUUCCAUAGGAAUAGUGCCAUAUUCGGUGCUUCAUCCAGACCGCUGUUAGAUAAUAAUGAGCUUCAAUUAAUAAAAGCAAACUUAAAAAUGGCUUCUAAUAAUGGAUGUCCCAUCCCGGCAACAGAAGAUGAUAUGAAGUACCGAAUUGAACGAAUAUUGGAAAAGAAAAGGAGGGGGUUGAAGGAAAUCGAAAUGGUAAAUGAAUUGAUUGAUAAAUGGAAAGAAGCGGAUAAAGAUUCUAUUCAAGGCGAAAAUUAUAAAGUUUACGACUCAUUAGAACAAUUAAAGAGGAUUUUAAUUUCAGGUAUCUCUAUCCAGUCAUUGAACUUCAACCCCAUUGAAUAUCUAAAAUUAAAGAGGACGUUUGAGCACUUAAAUAGCAUAAGAAGUACCUACCAGAACAAUUUAAGUGGGAAACCUUUGAAUACCGUUAGUAAAAGAACAAUUACAAGGAUAAGAACUAAAUUAGGACUUUCGCAACAAUAUAUCAAUAAUAAUUCAACGGGAGAUUCUAAUAAAAGGAGAUUGACAAAGAUUGGUGAUAUCGAGAAAAUUGAAUGGUUAAAAUCACACGUUUUCUUUAAAGAAGAUUUUCAAAAAUAUGGUACUAAUGUUUGGAAUUGCGAUAUAUUAUCAUUUCAUAUAGGGAAUGUAGGUGAAAGAUUCCGUUCAAAACAAUUAAGAGAAGAGUUCAACAAAAAUGUUCUUACAAAUGAUAUAAACGAAGAAAGAACAAGCUCAAAGGAAACAGCUGGGGCUAAAGUGGAAGCCAAAAAGAUAGCGUCAGAAAUAGCAAGUGCUGAUCCUAUUGUAGAAGAAGAAAAUACAAACACACCUAUAGGUCCAAAUCUAACUGCUAUUGAUAAACUAUUGUUAGACGAAGAUGUGCAUAAUAUAGCUGAGUCACAUAUAGAACCUUCAAUCUCGGAUGAAUUAUCUCCAGAGUUGAUUGAAUUGGAUGGUACCAAUCUUGACGCCCAAAAACUCGCAGAUAAUGAUGAAUCUAUGACGGUAGCUAAGGAAACAGAAAGUGCUGGUAUUAAUACGGAAAAUGAACUAGGUUUAGAAGUAGAGAAUUCAAAUGAUGAGCAUGAGAACUCACCUGGUCCUCUAAUGCCCGAUCAACUUUCUUUGCUUUACACCAUUUCAAUGAAUGGGGAAGUGUUAGAACCUAAUGUCUUAUUGAAUGGUCCAAAACAAAAUUCCGAAUUUGGAUCAAUUCCGUCGUAUCUUUUACAUGAUUGGAUUAUUACAAAAGGAAAUGAAGAUAGAGAGUUAAAUGGAAUGUUGCUAAACUAUUUAGAGAAAUGUUUCCAUCCACAAACAGUUGAAAUACUAAACAGUCAAGGAUUGAAUUACAAUAGCACCAGUAGGCUAUUAGUACUAAAUUCGGGUAUAUUUGAGAUAAAUGAUGACAUAAUUAGAUUUCUCAAUGAUUAUAACAUUGAUUUGUUAAUUAUACCAAUGACCUCUGCAGGGUUUUUGCAACCUAUUGAUUUUGGCCUUUAUAAUAUCCUCCAAUCUGAACUAAGGAAAACUAACAGAAUGUGGUUUAAUGAUCAUUGUUUGCUUCCACCUGGAAUGACAUCUAUGAAUAACGCAUUGCGGCCGGGUGUUAUGUCAAUGGUACAGCAACUAGAACUACUGUAUGGUAUACAUAACCGGUUACCUCAAAGGAUUGUAUUAUUUAAGGAAAUGAUUAAACAAUCGUUUUCUCGUAUUAUCCAAUUUGAUGAAAAUGGAAAUGCUGAUAGAGAUAAGUUGGCUCAAUUUGUAGAUCGUUGUGAAAACGCUGCCAAAUAUACGUUCAUGUUAAAUAAUGAUGAAGAACAAAGUGGCAAUGAAGAAGAUGACUAUUCAGCUUUGAAUAAUGACGAUAAGGGAAAGAGGAACAAUAAGAAUAAAGUGAGGUUUCAUAAAGUUACUUUUACUGAUAAUGGUAAGGAGGUUAACCCCUCACAAGAUAAUACAGAUUAUGCUGUUAGACUAGCUACCAUUGUUAAGAACAAUAUGUCCAACAACGAUGGUAUAAGUCCCUUUCUUCAAAACGUUGAUGCUGAUGCACUCCAUCGUACGGAAGACUGA